AUGAAGGCAAUUUCAAUUUAAGGCAACAUAUCGAUUGAAGAUUUAUCUAAUCAGAGAAUCAAUCUAGAUACAUAGUUAAAGCAUUCUGAUGAUUAAUACGUUCGCAACAUUUUACCUUUGAGAAUUCAAAAUUUUAAAAUUAAACGUUUAGAAUGGAAGGAUUUUAUUGGCAAGCCAAACGAUGAAUCCCCUUGGAUUGCACAUUGUUAUUGGAACAAUUCUUACGAAUACUACUUUACUCAGGAUAGGGAAUAGGCGAAUUACAGAGAGUAAUCUCAAUUGCGUUUACCGAGAAUACCAUUGCAAUAAAUUAAUCAAGUGAAUUAGUUAAAUGUCAAAACAGAAACUGCUAGGACAACAGUGUUAAUAAAAUCAAAAGAUUGCCUACACCAACCAUUAGUUCAUCACCUUAAAGAGCUGUCAACCGAAGUAAUUCAAGUUCUUCUCUUAGAAAACAAUCCCCAAGCGUUCAAAAAAUCAAAUUACAUGUGA